AUGCCAUUACAGGGGCCAGUGUCGUUCAGGGACGUGGCUGUGGACUUCACCCAGGAGGAGUGGCAGCAGCUGGAGCCCAAUGAGAAGACCAUCUACAGGGAUGUGAUGCUGGAGAACUACAGCCAUCUCGUCUCCGUGGGGUAUGACAGCACCAAACCGAAAGUGAUCCUCAAAUUGGAACAGGGAGAGGAGCCAUGGGUAGCUGAAGGUGAACUGCCAUGUCAGAGUCAUCUGGAAGUCUGGAAGGUUGAUGACCUGAUAGAGAGAAUCCCAGGAAAUGAAGAAGAACAUUCAAGGCAAGCUAUUUCUGUCAAUGACAAAACCCUGAUUGAAGAGAGAGAGAAUGUAUUUGAUAAAACAUAUAAUGUGGAAACAAGCCUUGUUCCUUCAAGCAUAAUAUCUCAUACUUGUGUCUCAUGUGGAAAGAAUUUAGAAUCUACUUCAGAAUUAAUUAUUAGUGAUGGAAGCUAUGCAAGAAAGAAACCUGAUGAGUGUAGUGAAUGCGGGAAGAUGUACCAUGGAGGGAAACCCUAUGAAUGUAAUCAAAAUGGGGAAAGCUAUUCUCAAAAUGAAGAAAGUAUUCUUCAGAAAAUUAAUAUUUUGGAGAAACCCUUUGAAUAUAAUGAAUGCAUGGAAGCCUUAGACAAUGAAGCUGUUUUCCUUGCUCAUAAGAGAGCUUAUAUAGGGGAAAAGCCCUAUGAAUGGAAUGACUCUGGGUCAGACUUCAUCCAGAUGUCAAGUUUUAAUGUAUACCAGAGAUCACAGAUGGAAUUGAAGCCCUUUGAAUGCAGCGAAUGUGGAAAAUCCUUCUGUAAAAAGUCAAAAUUAAUCAUACAUCAAAGGGCCCAUACAGGGGAGAAACCUUAUGAAUGUAAUGUUUGUGGGAAAUCCUUCAGUCAAAAGGGGACUCUCACUGUCCAUCGGAGAUCACACUUAGAGGAGAAGCCCUAUAAAUGUAACGAAUGUGGGAAAACCUUCUGUCAGAAGUUACAUCUCACCCAACACUUGAGAACUCAUUCAGGUGAGAAGCCCUACGAAUGUAAUGAAUGUGGGAAAACCUUCUGCCAGAAGACCCAUCUCACCCUACACCAGAGGAAUCAUUCAGGAGAAAGACCCUAUCCUUGUAACGAAUGUGGGAAAUCCUUUUCCCGCAAGUCUGCCCUCAGUGACCAUCAAAGAACGCAUACAGGAGAGAAACUUUACAAAUGUAAUGAAUGUGGGAAAUCCUACUACCGAAAAUCUACCCUCAUUACACAUCAGAGGACACACACAGGAGAGAAACCCUAUCAGUGCAGUGAAUGUGGGAAGUUCUUCUCUCGAGUGUCAUACCUCACUAUACAUUACAGAAGUCACUUAGAAGAGAAACCCUAUGAAUGUAACGAGUGUGGGAAAACCUUCAAUUUAAAUUCAGCCUUCAUUAGACAUCGGAAGGUACACACAGAUGAGAAACCCCACGAAUGUAGUGAAUGCGGGAAACUCUCUCAGUUCUCAUAUCUCACUGACCAUCCUACAGCUCCUUUGGGAGACAAACCCUAUGAAUGUAAUGAGUGUGGGAAAAUCUUCCUUGACAGUUCAACCUUCAAUGGGCACCAGUCGCUUCCAAAAGGGGAGAAAUCCUAUGAAUGUAACAUCUGUGGAAAAUUAUUUUCUGAGUUGUCUUACUACACAAUACAUUACAGAAGUCAUUCUGAAGAGAAACCCUAUGGGUGCAGUGAAUGUGGGAAAACCUUCUCCCAUAAUUCAUCCCUCUUCAGACAUCAAAGAGUGCACACAGGCGAGAAGCCCUAUGAGUGUUAUGAAUGUGGGAAGUUCUUCUCUCAGAAGUCCUAUCUUACCAUCCACCACCGAAUCCAUUCGGGAGAGAAGCCCUAUGAAUGUAGUAAAUGUGGGAAAGUCUUCUCUCGGAUGUCAAACCUCACUGUACACUAUAGAAGCCAUUCAGGAGAGAAGCCCUAUGAAU